AUGGCGUACAGGCUUCAGUUGCCGGAGGGGGCUCGCAUUCACGACGUGUUCCAUGUGGGCCUGCUGAAGCCCUAUCGCGGUGCCCCGCCGGUGGCCACUCCACCACUUCCGCCGACGGCCGAGGGUCGUCUGCUGCCCGAUCCGGCCAAGGCGAGCGGCUGCCGGUUCCUGUGGGUGGUGAAGGGCGCCGUGGUGGACAGAGACGACGGCGCGGACCUCGGGGAGCUGCUCGGCGAAGGGUUCCUGGAGCGCGUGCGGGGGCGGGGGCAUGCCACUGCGGGUGGAACUCGCCGACGCGAGGCGGUGGCGAGCGGCGUGCCGGUGCUGGCGUGGCCGAGGUUCGCCGACCAGCGGGUGAACGCGGGCGUGGUGGCGCGGGCCGGCGCUGGCGCGUGGGCGGAGGCGUGGAGCUGGGAAGGGGAGGAUGGGGUGGUGAAGGCGGAGGAGAUCGCGGAGACGGUGAGGUCGAUGAUGGCGGACGAGACGCUGAGGACAAAGCCGGCGACGGUGCGGGAUGCCGCGGCGAGGGCCGUGGCCGGCGGCGGGACCAGCUCACCGGAGCUUGGCUGA